AUGGGGCAGCCUCAGUUCCUUGCCAGCAGCCAGGUGCUGGCACGGACAGACGCACACCCCAAGGGCUGCCCUGGCCUGCUAGGGAGCUGCGGGUUCCGAGCUCCAGUACCUGCCUACACCCCCACGAAUUAUUACUACAGCAACGUUUAUGACUACGGCUUGACACGUAUUGUGGGAGGCUCAAAUGCCAGGGAAGCAUCCUGGCCAUGGAUGGUCAGCAUCCAGCAUCCUUAUGCACAAGGCAAUAAGCAUUGGUGUGGAGGGUCUCUCAUCUCUUCAGACUGGGUCCUCACAGCAGCCCAUUGCUUCGACAAAAUUGACAACAUCAGCCUGGUGUAUGUGGUGAUUGGAGCCACCCAGUUGUCUCGGCCAGGCCCUGGGGCUGUAGCACGCACUAUCAACAAGGUGGUGAUACACCGGGACUACAAGCGUAUCGACUUCAGAUACGAUAUCGCCCUGAUGCAAUUGAACCAACCUGUCCAGUGCAGCUCCUACAUCCAGCUGGCCUGUGUGGCUACCCCCACUCUGAAAGUCUCAGAGCUCAGCAACUGCUGGAUUGCUGGAUGGGGACAAACUACUAAAAGAUCUGCAGGUAAAACUGACAACCUGCAGGAGGCCAAGGUCCGGCUCAUCGAUGUCCAGCUCUGCAACAGCACUGACUGGUAUGCAGGGGAAAUCCACCCCUACAACUUGUGUGCUGGUUACCCAGAGGGCAACAUUGACGCCUGCAAGGGUGACAGCGGUGGGCCUCUCAUGUGCCAGGACAACAGUGCUGACUACUGGUGGGUCGUUGGACUGACCAGCUUUGGAAAUGGCUGUGGCAGAGCAAGGCAGCCUGGAGUCUACAUCUCCACUCAACACUUCUAUGAGUGGAUCGAUUUCAACAUGCGUACACAAGCAGUUGAAACUGCUUCUUGA